AUGACCAUCAAACCCGCCCACCUGGUGGGCCUCUUGGCCCUGCUAAUGGGCGUGGCCAGCGCCUUUGAUCAAACCCUGAAGCGGGACUUCCCGGGUCCCUACUGCGCCCUGCGCAACACCUGCUGCACGGAUCGGCACGACGGCUGCUCGCUGCCCAUCUCCACCACCCUCUGCUACUGCGAUGAAUUCUGCGAUCGCGACGAUUCCAGCGACUGCUGUCCCGACUACCGCUCCUUCUGCCUGAGGGAGCCCGACCCAGUGAUCUCCUGCGAGCACAAGGGCGUCUACUUCAGCAAGUUCAACAGCACGUGGGACAACUGCAACGAGUGCCGCUGCCUGGAAGGCGGCAAGGUGAAGUGCGACGAGGAUCUGUGCCUCACCGACGACGACAUCAUCAACGGGGUGAACUCCAUCCACCGACUCGGGUGGUCCGCCCGCAAGUACGACCAGUGGUUGGGUCGCAAGUACGCCGAGGGACUGAAGCUGCGUCUGGGCACCAAGGAGCCCACGUAUCGCGUGAAGGCCAUGACCCGCCUGAAGAAUCCCACCGACGGGCUGCCCAGCUCCUUCAACGCCCUGGACAAGUGGUCCAGCUACAUCUCGGAAGUGCCCGACCAGGGCUGGUGCGGUGCCUCCUGGGUGCUGUCCACCACCUCGGUGGCCAGCGAUCGCUUCGCCAUCCAGAGCAAGGGCAAGGAGUCCGUCAAGCUAUCCGCCCAGAACAUCCUCUCCUGCACCCGCCGCCAGCAGGGCUGCGAGGGCGGUCACCUGGACGCCGCCUGGCGCUACCUGCACAAGAAGGGCGUGGUCGACGAGGCCUGCUAUCCGUACACCCAGCACCGCGACGCCUGCAAGAUCCGCCACAACAGUCGCUCCCUGCGGGCCAACGGCUGCCGUCCCGUGGACAACGUGGAUAGGGACACCUUCUAUACGGUGGGUCCGGCCUACAGCUUGAGCCGCGAGGCCGACAUCAUGGCGGAGAUCUAUCACUCCGGCCCGGUGCAGGCCACCAUGCGGGUGAACAGGGACUUCUUCGCGUACUCGGGAGGCGUCUACCGCCAGACGGCGGCCAACCGCAAGGCUCCCACUGGAUUCCACUCGGUCAAGCUGGUCGGCUGGGGAGAGGAGCACAAUGGUGACAAGUACUGGAUCGCAGCCAACUCGUGGGGUCCUUGGUGGGGAGAGCGCGGCUACUUCCGCAUCCUGCGAGGCUCCAACGAGUGCGGCAUCGAGGAGUACGUGCUGGCCUCCUGGCCCUACGUCUACAACUACUACAACGUGCAGUCGGCUUAGCGGGAGUUAUCAGUAAUCAGAGAGGGCCUACGCCUCGCACCGAGCAAUCUCUAGCUAUGCAGAAACGAAAACAAAUUUAUCUCAUGCUUCAAAAUUUUCCAUUUUCUAUUUGGCACUCAAAGUGAAUUAGGCGCUUCUACUUGUAAUUCUUAUGCUUAGAACCUAGUGACUAAAAACAUUAGCUUUAAGUUGCGCGAACGCACCAAGUUAACUGCCCGCAGUACCAGGCCUGUCCCUAACCACUUCUCUCACCCACUAACUGGUCUCGAAGCAACACGAAACUGCCACUUAACCACCGCUCCAUCCCCCAAUUACUGCCACCACAACUAGAGGAACAACCAGAAGAAUCCGAACAUCCACACCCCUGUAGCGCAUGUGAUCGAUGGAAGGACGAAUACUGGAUCGGCGAGAGUCUGUAGGAUAUGUACGAGUGCGAACUCAUCGUGUAUUGUAAAUGGAAACUAAGUUAACUGAUUGAUAGACCGAUGACGGUUAGUCGGCUUAUAUAUUUUUAAUAAACGAAUUACUUUACAUGUUUA